AUGAGCGACAAAAUCCCCUCGUGGAAUAUCGUCCACAAGCUGGAGAAGCGACAGCUUCUCAUCGCGAUCAACUGCGUCGCCGCGCUGUCGAUUCUCUUUUUCGGAUAUGAUCAGGGCAUGAUGUCCGGGGUCAACAACGCCAAGGACUAUAUCGACCUGAUGAAGUUUGGUUAUACUCGGGAGGUGGACGGCGAAUUGACCCCAGUGGUGACCAAUUCCUUACUGCAGGGUGGAAUCGUCUCGGUGUAUUAUCUGGGAACGUUGUUUGGUGGCCUGUUUGGCGGCUGGCUGGGUGAUCGCAUGGGACGAAUUCGCUCGAUUGCCGCGGGAGCUGUCUGGGCGGUGCUGGGCGCGAGUCUGCAGUGUUCGGCCCAGAACCACAACUGGAUGAUUUGUGCUCGUUUCGUCAACGGUAUCGGUACGGGCAUCCUGAACGCCAUUGUUCCUGUCUGGGCUACCGAAACCGCCGAGCAUACUUCGCGAGGACAAUUCAUUGCGAUUGAGUUCACUCUGAACAUCUUUGGGGUCGUCCUGGCCUACUGGCUGGAAUUUGGGCUGUCCUUUAUCGACGGAGGCAAGUCCGCCUUCCGCUGGCGAUUCCCGAUCGCCUUCCAGAUCAUCUUCCUGUUGGUCCUCUUCGUCGCCGUAUGGUUCUUCCCCGAGUCCCCCCGGUGGCUGGUCAAGGUUGGCCGCGAGCAGGAAGCCCGCUAUAUCUUGCAGCGUCUGCGUGGCAGCAGCCCCGAGGAGCGGGUGCGCGCCGAGGCUGAAUUCCAGGACAUUCAGAGCAUUGCCGAGAUGGAAAAAACUGUGGUUCACGGCAACUCGUAUCUUUCGAUGCUUUUCGGCUAUAAGUCUGGUGACCUGCACAUUGGUCGUCGUGUGCAGCUGGUUGUAUGGCUGCAGAUUAUGCAGGAAUGGGUUGGUAUCGCUGGGGUGACUGUCUAUGCGCCGACCAUUUUCAGUAUUGCUGGGUUUGACUCGACGAAGAGUCAGUGGAUUAGUGGACUGAACAACAUCUUCUACAUGUUUGCCACGCUUGUCUGUGUUUUUACUCUGGACCGCAUUGGUCGUCGCUGGACCUUGUACUGGGGUUCUGUCGUGCAGGGGAUUGCCAUGUUCCUUGCUGGUGGUUUCUCUCGGCUCGCCAUCAACGCCAAGGCCGACGGCAACAUGAGCUCGGCCUCCUCGUACGGUGCAGCCGCGGCCUCGAUGAUCUUCAUCUUCACCUCGACCUUCGGCGCCACCUGGCUGACGGUGCCGUGGCUAUACCCCGCGGAAAUUUUCCCGCUAGCGGUUCGCGCUCGCGGAAAUGCCUGGGGUGUCGUUGGCUGGAGCAUCGGAAACGGAUGGCUGACUCUUCUGUGCCCGGUCAUGUUCAACGCCAUCGGCGAAAAGACCCUCUAUGUGUUUGCUGCCAGCAAUGUGAUUACCAUCCCGAUGGUGUGGGCCCUGUACCCAGAGAGUAACCAGCGCACACUUGAAGAUAUGGACCUGCUCUUCGCGGCUCAGACCCCCUGGGCCUGGGACGCGGAGAAGACCUUUGCGCGCCUCAAGGCCGAGAACCCCGGCAUGGUCGACAUCACCAGCCGCAAGAACAGCGUCAUCGACCCCGAGACUGGCAAGGUGUUGUCUGUGGAUGCGGUGUCAGCCUCCAAGAUUGAGAAUACCACGGCUGCGGAGCAUGUGGAUCACCCUUGA